UUUAUAGGCAUGCAGUAGCCAUGGCAACAAUAAAUAUCCAUGUAUGGCGGCUAUUGUUACAAUUAAAUGUUUCAGACUCGCAGUACGCAUGCAAAUUCUUGUGUAAUAUUUUUAUAGGAAAGGAAAUUGAAAGAGUUCGUUGUUAAGAUCUUAUCAAGCAAAAAAAUAUAUGGUUUGGAGGUAUGGCGACAGCCACAGUCGGUGUCGGUGGUAGGAAUAAUCAUGUCUGCAUAGUACAACACGGGGAAAAAAGUGACGGUGUUUAUCUUUCUCUGGACUCUGCCUUCUCGCAGUAAUGGCAACUGCCGAAAAGAAAUAUGAUCUUGCACUUGUCCAGACAUUAACAGAGAAAAAAAUUAAAUAUCAACCAUGGUAUAAAGAACGGUUAAACACAAAAUACAUCAAGUCACUAAAACCAGGCAACACAUCUGGACAAAUUUCUGGUAAGAACUGGAUAUUUAUCAAGGAUGGACUGGAUGAUUUCCGUGAUGGCCUUCCUCCUAUUGUAGAAGGGAGUGAUUUCAUAAAGUUAGACAGAGGACAAGGACCAAACAUAACUGGCAUAAGUAUUGUAAAAAAAACAAUAAAACAACCAGCAGCACAUCAUCGAUUUGCCAAACAGCAGGUCUGCUUUUCCCGAAUUACACCCUUACAGCAACAGAAGCGGGAACACAUCGAUGAGAUAGAGUAUGGAUUAUUACAGCACCCACUGGCUCUUUACCCCCACUUGGAAGAGAGUGUGCCAACAGAGACGUUUGAAGACCUUGUUGAUAUACUUGAUCCUGAGAUGAACAUGGCAGAUGAAGAUGCGCUGUUUGAUGACGAACCCCAGGAAAUGGAAGACAAAGAAGCAGGAUCAACAUCACCCGAAAAGAAUGAAAAUCAAGAAUUUGAACAAAAAGAUGACACUGUGACAGUGCGUAAUCCUUACCGUUGGCUACCACGAAAGGAAGAAAAUGAUGAGAAGAAAGAUCGGCGUAUACAAGAUAAAAAGGGAUCCCUUUCACAGGAAGAACAUAUUAAGAAAGUAACACAUGACUUCUGCCAGUGGAUAGCAGAUCUUGGAGGAGAAACCAAUAACAUUGAGGAAUCAACCAUUACCAGUCUCUUUGCUAGUGGUUAUGACACUAAGCCAGCACUGUCUGUACCUAUUCAUGUGGUGGAGCUGACUAAUGUACCACCAGAACUGCGAAUGUCUGUUACCACACCAUCACAGCAGCAAGCUGUCAAACCCACUCCCAAACCAGAGAUGUCUCCUCAUUCUUGGAGGAUGAGUGGAAAUUACCAGCCAUCCUGGGUGAAGUUCAAAUAUGGUGCUUGGUAUCUGCCACCCAACACCUGGAAGAAGCUUGACUGGAAAGAAGAGUUGACUGAUCCACUAGAAAGGAAGGACAAAGAUAUGUCAGAAGCAAAGAGGAAGGGUCAAGUUCUGAACCAGGAUCUUGCAGUUAUGCAUGCUUCUAAAGCAUUCAUGGAGUUCACCAAUAAGAAAGGGGUCAGAAAACCAGAGUUUUUGGAGGAAGUUGCUGAGAUUCAGCGAAAGACAGAAGCGGAAGACAAAAAACGUCUGGAAGCUGAACUCCAUGCCAAACAGAAGAAGUCUUUGGGUGUUGUAAAAAGUACUUAUAAUCGUAAAUCAUAGAAUUUGUUAUUGAUGAUACAUAAUAUAAUACUGUGGGGAUUGCAGCAAUGAACCUUGAAAGACAUUAAAUGGCUUUGUACACAAAGGACUACUAAAUAGCAUAAAAAUAACAAUGGUUUUCUACCAUGCCACUUUUUUGUGAUUACAUUAAAACAUCCCUACAAGACAUUGACAUUGUAUUGGAUCUGUGUGGCUGGCAGUCACGGUGUUUUCAGCAGAGUUAUGUGAUUGAUCAAGUUUUCCUUUGUAAACUUAUCUGCUAAGCUAACAGCCAGAGAAUAUGCUACUGUUGUCUAAAAAAACAGUUAUAAAACUCCAUGAAAAGUACAA